CUAUUUUCUGCCCGCACAAUACUGUUCGUAGUUAGUUAUAAAACACAAAAAGAAACACUCUUCAUUUUGGUUCAUGUAUUGAAAAUGACAUUAAACUUUGUCAUAAGAUUUAUAAUUUGCAAAAUAUGGUUUCGAUAGCUAAUUAUAAAUUUACGGUUCGGUAUCAGAGGCACUGUCACACAAUAUUAAAUGUGAAAUAUUCGUAAUUUGUAUUAAACGGUACCUCAAUUAGAUAAAAUGUACAUCGCGUUUAAGUGGCUAAUUGGUUUGACUCUAGCAAUGUGGCUAACGAUGUGCGGCUUUGACUUUGCAUACAGGCGGAACGUUGGAGUGAAGCAAGAGGAUGUUUGCCCGCAGAAGAUUGGAGAAAUAGAGAUCACUAGGAACACAACAGUUCCAGUGAAACGAAAGAUAGAGUUACACAGAGGGAGACUGAAGCAAGCGGGCGAGAAGCUGCAGGGCUUCGCCGUCCUGCAUGGGUUUAUGUUUGUAGCCGGAGCCCUAGUGGUGUCCUUAUAUAAUCGGAAGCGAGAAAUUAUGUCAUAUACAAAAAGAAAAAUUUCCAAAAUUAAUACAUAUAUUAUUUUGGACGUAUUACAAUUAUUUUCAGAAAUAAUCGCCUUUCAAAUAAAUCGUGUAAUAGAACUAUGCUGUAAAAUAUUAAGUAAUAAGGCAAAGAGCAUUUUAGUCAAAUUUAGACAAAAAUUUCGCAGUUUAUUAUCGAGGAAUGAAUUACAAAAGCCAAGAAUAAAUAUCAUGUUGCUAAAAAAGUUACAAGAAAUUGGAGAAGAGAGGAAAAAUCUCGGCCAACUUCUAAUUGCAGCCAUUCACGAGAAUAAAAAUAUUAGAAUGCAAUAUCAAUUAGAAAACAUGGCUAAGAAUAGACUAGUGCGGCACAUCGAGAACACACAAAAAUUGAUCAAAGAAAACAGGUCCAGAUACGUUAGUUUUCAACAAUUAUAUUUAGUGACACACCAAGAAAACACAUUUCUGAGGUCUCGGUUAAAGAAACUUACGAAAGAAAAAGACGAAGCCGAAAAAAAUUUAUUAGAGUUGAUGAACGAAGUGUACAAAUCCAAAAAUAACGAACUUAAAACAUUUUGCAGUCGAUUUAUUGUUAGGACUAAAGACAGCUUAUUGAAUGCAGACGUGGGUGCAGAGAUCCAAAAAUUCUUAGACAAGUCUCAGAUGCCGGGCUCCACGUCAUCAAAUUGGUCAUCUGAUAGUUCAGAUGUAAAGCUAGAUGCAAACCACUGUUGGCCGAAAUGCGCAAAUGCUAGAUUUGCAGAAAUCAUUCAAGAUGAUGUCCUUGUACCUUUAGUGUCUGAUGCGCCCAAGCUUAAAGGGCUUCCCGGGGAAUGCGUUUUGACUGUGAAGGACAAAAACGGACUGAUUGAAAAGUUGUACGAAUAUGACUACGAGUCAGAUUUGGACAAUGGUGAUACAAUCAGGAGAAUAAGAGAAUAUUCGGUUUAUCACGAUAAAGAUUGUUUAUUAGACUGUUCGAGUUUAAGAAAUUUUGAAAAUGAAUGUCGAACACCACCGCCAGGUUACCGAUCUAGCGUGGAGUACCCGCUCACCACGCCAAGGUUUCUAACUGGCUCGGAAAUAUUUCAAAAAUUUAUGCAGAACAAUAGAAACGUAGUGUCUUUACCCACGGUACCAGAACCUCCGUUAUUAACGGGAUGAUUUUCUAAAAGUUUUUCUUUUGGACGUGAUGUAAUUUGAGAAAUAAAUUGUUUUAACCUGUU